UCUUUACUUUUACUUUAUGGUUUUUUACAUGUUCAAAUCACGUGAAUUAUGGUAUUUACGACACCACAACUUGGUUAUGAAGGUAGCAUGAAAAUCUUAUCUCCACCCACAAUGACGGUUGGUUUGCCUCCUCCCACUAAUAUCAGCUCGCAAAGACAGGGACAAAAACAAUACGCAUCACAAAGAAAGGAAACAGCAAUUUUAGUGAACUACUGCAUUAAUCAACCGCGUGGAAAAACGACCGGAGCUCCGAGUGGCAGCGCUCUCAAGUUUCUCUGUCAAUAUCAUCUACAGGGUUCGAUUGAGAGAUGGUUUCGCCUGUGACAGUGGUGAAAAGUGAGGGCCCCAAGUUGGUCCCCUUCUUCAAGGCCACUUGUGUCUACUUUGUCCUGUGGCUACCCACUUCCAGCCCCUCUUGGUUCAGCGCCCUUAUCAAGUGUCUACCCAUCGUUUGCUUGUGGCUCUUCAUGCUGGCCCAUGGCUUUAGCUUCUUAGGUGCCCACUCCAGCGCCCGUAAGAUCCUGGCUGGACUCAUCUUCUCUAGCCUAGGAGAUGCCUUUCUCAUCUGGCAGGAGCAGGGUUACUUUAGCCAUGGUCUGCUGAUGUUUGCCAUCACCCAUAUUCUCUACUCCUCUGCUUUUGGUAUGAAGCCCUUGAACCAUCAUGCUGGCCUGGUGAUUGGUGCCGUGUCGGCUGUGAGCUACGCCCUGCUCUACCCCUACCUCUCAGGCCCCUUCACCUACCUGGUGGGGGUCUACAUCGCCCUGAUCGGGUUCAUGGGCUGGCGGGCCGUGGCAGGCCUCCAGCUGACCAAUGACCUGUGGACCUGGACCAAGAUGUCGGCGUGCCUUGGCGCUGUGCUCUUCAUUGUCUCUGACCUCACCAUUGCUGUCAACAAGUUUUGCUUCCCAGUGCCAUACUCGCGCGCCAUCAUCAUGGCCACCUACUAUGCCGCACAGAUGCUCAUCGCUCUCUCCGCCGUUGAGUGCCAGGAUGCAGAGACGGCGAGGAAGAGGGCGUGAAGAGGAGUGAAAGAGGUCCUGUCGCGUGGUCGAGAGGAUGUGAGCGAGGCAGCCGAUGCUUCACAGACAUAUUCCAGUGAUCGUUAUCCUCCCCAACCUUACGCUUUGGUUGUAGUGUGGCAGGAGCACACCCUUGUUCCCAUGGAAACUAGUAUUUUACCACCAGCUUGCCCCCGUGCUAGUGUGACAGUCACACACCUUAGUUACCAUGGUGACAAAGGCACUACUUUUCACCCUCAACCAUCGCCCUAUAGAUCUUAUAGAAAAGUUCCUCCCAUCUUACUGCCUUGGUUUUGAGUCCAAAUGAUGAUAGGUUUGUUAUUUCUUUUGGAAGUGAGGGGUCACUAAAGAGCUUUUAUCGCAACAAGGUUGAUUUGAGGACCUGUGUGUGUGCGUGUGUGCGCGUGUGUGUGUGCGUGCGUGCGUGCGCACCUUUGUGUAAGAGGUUCAUAAAUUCCUGCUUCACAGAUGAGACUGUGAAUAAUCAUUACCUUCUAAAAUAGUCCUUCACUCUGCCCUCCACUAUGGCAAUUUCAAAACACUUUUCCCUGGCAUAUUGCCACUGUUUGAACACCACUGUUGUAUUUUUCACGAAAAAGGGAGUUGUUGUCUUGCGCAUCUGGAGCUUUUUUUUUUGUAAACUAUAUAAUAGAGCUGAUAGAUAUGACUGUGAUAUCAACUUCUCACUCAAAUCCCUACCUUCAGAGGGUGGCACAGGCUACUUUUUCUAUGGAGCUGCCCCCCUCAGAGUUUUGCAGUGUUAAAAGAAAUGUGUUGUGCAGGCUACUUAUUUAUGAGGUGACCUUUUUUCUGAAGUGGAAAUGGUGUACAAGUUAGUUAUCUUUUAAAGUUCAUUAAACCGGGAACUGGAUGAAUAUUGUAUAUAUUAUGUAUGGAAAGAUGUCUGGACACAUCUUUGCAGCGUGUGCAUAACCCUCGUUUCAAGUUUGCUGUCUCUUGGCACAUGCCAGUGUAAAUCAAAGUUUUAUGUAAAGCAUUAUGUAAAGAGUGCUCACUACUCUCUCAUUUUUGCUCUCAGUUGUCAAAGGCUCGUCUCUCCAUGUGCGCUUGAGACUGCCAAAACCUCUGCACAUCCCACUUAAGCAGGAUGCAUGGUCAUUAUCUGUCCACUGAGACUACAACAAUAUCAGUUAAAGUCUGCCGUGUGAUGAGAAGAGAGAGGACAGAUGGAGAUAAAUAAAGAGGGAGUGUUUAUAUGAAAGACAGGGAGAGCAAGAGAGAAAGAGAACAGGGUAUGGAAUAAAGAAUGGCUAUAACAAUAUCCUCUGAAAAGAGUGUAGUAAAAACAGCUUUUGCCAUUGCAUGAAAAUACUUGCAUGAAAGAGUCUUGACUUUGCUCCUGCUGUAGUAUUUUAUACCAGCUGUGGAAAGCACCAAUAACAUUGGUUACUUGAGUGCACAGUGUGUGGUCUAAAGGGAAUGUUGUUUUUGGAUGUUUCAUCCUACUGUUUUCCCAGUUUUUUACCAUCAUUUUGUAGGUGAGUGUGUGUUUCCUGAGGCGUCUUGCAGUGUUCCUCUUACACACACACACACACACACACACAUUAUAUGUAGGUCAAACUUCACAACCACAUUCUGUUGCUCCAGCUCCUGCUGGUUUGAUUAUUAGAACUGAUGAUGCCCUUAUUGCUGGAGAAUUUUCAACUGUUUUCCUAUGGUCUUAGAAAGUGUCACUAAAGAGACAUUUUAGCUGUCUUCAGCUUUUGGGCCGUCAGAGAAUAACUCAGUGCUCAACGACUCCCUGGUCCAUUAGGUCUAAAAACAGCCUCCAACAAAGGGUGUGAAAACUGGCCAAUGCUUUCAUUUCAUUAACACCACAGUUCUGUAGAUAUUCCGCUAUGGCAAUUAUUGACUGUUUUUUUCUUUUUCCAUCUUUAGAGUUGUCUUAUGCUGAGUCAGUGUUGUCUGUUUUAAUUCUGUUGACUGAAAGGAUUUGAGUUUGAGCCAAAAAUAGUCUCACCCUUUCACUUUCUUUAAAUAAGAUUUUCUAUAAAAAUACAUUCAAAUUAGACCAAGGUAUUUGGUCUCCACAAUUCUUUAUUUUGCUGUUAAUAUAAAAAAAAACAUGUUUUUAUUCAGAACUUAUUUUAAAAUACAUGAGUGGGAUUUUCAAUAUGAUUGACUCCCCAGACUCAGUAUUUUGGUAGCACAGCAUUUGGCCACAAUAACUGCAAUCAAGCGCUUCCUAUAGUCGUUCUGACAUUGGGUUUGACAUUGCACUCCAAAAUGCCUUGGUAUUCUCCUGAUUUCAUUAACACAUUCUAGGCACCCAGUGCUUGAGGCAGUAAAGCAAUGGCAAAACUUCACUGAAUCUCCUCCAUGUUUGGCUGUGGAGAAGUCAUUUUCUUUCAAGGCGUUAUUUUUCUUUCUCUAAAAAUAGAGGUAGUAUACUUACCAAAAGCUUCAAAUGUAUUCAAAUUUUUGCCCAGGACAUUCUCCCAAAAGAAUUGGGUUAUUUUUAGGUGUGUUUGGCAAAUUGCAGUCAAGCUUUCUUAUGUUUCAUCAGUAGGUCACUUACCACACAAACCCCCCCUCUUAAUUUGUUGGCCACAGAUAGUGUGAGUUGGAACUGUUGCACCUUGUGUCUGCAUGUCAGCUUGAAUCUGUGUGGCAGUUGAUCAAGGUCCUUUCUCAGCCAUUACUAAAAUAAUUUCCUGCACAAUAAGUUAUUCGAACAAGUGUUCACAUUCCAUCAUCUUUUGCGGUCACAUCCAGGGAGGUUGACUACAGUGGCAUGGGCUUUAAACUUCUUGAUAACAUUACAGAUGUUAGAAAUAGGAACAUCAAGGUCUCUGGAGAUGAGCUUGGCCUUGAAAUUGCCCAUGCUUGGCUGCAAAGCAUGGACAAGGAUACAGAGGGAAAAUGCCAGGUUCUAUAUAAUGGUGCCAGUAGUCUGCUGCUGCAGUUUUCCAUUUAAAAUAUUAAUGUAUUCUGUUGGUAUUGCUUACAUCUAUCUGGCUAUUACUCCUGUAAUCAGUGGUAAAUGGUGAAAGAAGCUUGAAUUCAUAGCACAAAGCUUUCAUAAGCAAGGAAUGUCUGGGAGUAGUCUAACUGAGGGUGUAAAUUGCUUAGACCGAAUGGUGAGGGAACCUAAAGUAGCUGUUUUGGGCAGAAAUAGUCAACUCUUGUCCUUUGGUAAUUAGGAAUGUUCUGCAAGGUGAUGUCACCAGGCAAGCCAAAACUCCAGCUAUGACCUAUGCACAUUUCAGGAAAUAUUGCCGAUCCCCAUUUUUCUCACAUUUACAGUGUUAGGUUAGUCAGCUGCAAUACAAUAUGACACACAACACAGGAAAACAUUUUUACUGCACUGGGACACAAAAUAAAAGGGAGAAAUAUUGUUUGUUUUAAUAUUACUGCAGAUAGCACAGGGAAUAAACAAAUAAUCCAAAUAUAUUGUAUAUUGUUUUUCACGAUGUUUGUUUCUGCUCAUGACACUGAUUAAAUGUGGAUCUGUUCAUGAAUAUAUUUUUCUCCAGGCAUUCCCACUGCUUUAUUAGGAGAUAUAGAAGAGAGAGCACUGGAGGUAGCAGCAUUGAACGCUGGACCACUCUUGGCCACUCAAUGUUGAAAACUGAUUGGAUUUGAAGAAGGAAAGAAAGUGUCAUGUAAUGUUUUUGCCCAGUGUCGUGUGUGAUCUUUUUAGCUGCAGAUAGGAUCAUUGAGAGAUCAAGAUUCUUGGUUAACUGUAAGGGGGGAAACAGCCCAAGAUGGAACAAGAGCUGUUAAAUGAUUUGCUGGCUAGUGAACACAUAGCAGGCAGGCAUGUCAGUUCUGCAGGCAGAUCAUGGUGUUAGCACAUACAGAGGCAUGAAUGGUGAUUAAAAACAAUGUAAACAUCCAACUCAUCAGGAUUGACUCACAUUUUCCGCUAUUUCAUUGAAAUUUGAUUUUUGAAUCGACAGUUUGUUUUUCAGAUGCUUUUAUUUCAUCUCAACACUGAAUGGGAUUAAGAAAUUAGUCAACAAGACCUGUUUUGGUUCAAUGGAUUAGCAACCUUUAAUUGGACUUCAUAUUAAGCUUUUACAAAGUAGUGGUUUGUUCGAUCAGAACCCUUUAGAUUUUGGGAGAAUUUCUUUAACUGGAGUGACAAAUGUAUGGUAUCUUAGUCAGGUGUACUAUUUACAUGCCUGAAUCUCAGACUAGAUUUGCAUCCCAAAUCACACUCCUAUUUACAUUUUUUAAGUGAACUAUAGAUUUCCAUUAAAUUCCAAAAAUAUCACUUUUCAGAAAUGGGCACCAAUUGAGAAAAGUAUUACAUUUGAUGCCAAUUUGAAGGUGCUCACAUUUUUGUUUUGGUUGCUAUGUAAAUGGAUAACCUGACUGUAGCUCAUAUCGCUUAUGUUUUACACACUAGUAACCAAAACGAUGUGAAACUACAACAUGGAGUUGUAAAACUGAGUUGAACCUCAGAUCCAGAUUUCUGAUGCUCCAAGUAGGUGAAGAUGUGAAACAUGACACUGGGAGAAAAAUGGCCCCUCCCAGCCAAGCACAGAUGGCAAGCUGUAUGGAGAAUCAUUUUACCUGUCCUAUCAACAACGCCUUUGUUCUCUCUCCCUCCGAUGUGAGGUGAGUCAUCUGUGUGUGUGUGCACGCGCGUCUGCGCGCGUGUGAAUGUGUCUGUCUUUCAUGAGUAUGUCUUCUGACUGGAGAUAGAAUACACAUUGGCCUCAAUUUAGUAUUGUGUGUUUGACUUCUAAUGUUUGCUCGUCUCUUAAUGACUACCUGAAAUCAUUCAGCUGUUUGCACAUUUCUUGUUGCAUACGUGGAGAUUCACUGACUUUACACCCUGACACAAUGUGACCCUUAUGAGGGAUCCACACCCAGCCCUGUUCAGAACAGGAACUCUGGUCGUGUUCGGUAAGGCAAACAAAAAACAUGUUUUUAUUUUAUCUUGGAUAACUCCAGAAUGACACUCCCUGUUCAGUACAUUUUCUAAUUUUUGGUACCUAAUGAGUAAGACACUGGUCAUCCGUUUUCUGUUCCUUCUUCAAGGCCAGUAAUACAUCACUCUGGCAUUAAGCUGGUUGAUGACAGGCUUUAUGUUUCUUCAAAUAUAAACAUGUAUAGUAAUAUAGCUGAGGACAAUUGUCAUGAUUAAACAAUGCAUAUGUAGUUUAUACUGUUCUAUAGUAUAUUGCCUUUUAAUUUACCUUAAGGCUAGACCUUUUCAUCACAAUGUCUCGUUCAAUCCACUGUAUAUCCAUUGUAUCCAAAACAAAGGAUUGUUAAUUCCUGAAAGAAUAUGCUUUUUUUCUUUCUGACAUGAGUACGAUCAUGAAAGUCAUAUUUGAAAAGGACUGUUUUUGCUGUUGAUGGUUUAAAGAUGCAUUGUGGAGGUUUUGUCUAAAUCUGCCAGUAGUUGUGAAAGUGGUGCUCACGAUACACAUCAUUCAAUUGGGUACUAUCAUCAUUUUGUAUGAUAGGUUAUGACCAGCAAAAAAUCUAUAUUUUUAUAAUUAUAUAUUUUUUGCAAUUUGUAUUUGUUACGAAUUCAGUUCGUAACAUACCACAAACAUUUAGUGCAUUUAGGAUUGCACAGUGCAUCUUCAAGCUAAUAUGAGUGGAAUCUCCAAUAGUUUUUUACACUCACAGAAAGAAAGGUUAAUUGAAUAUCUUUGAUGUGCUGCUUCUGAAGGUGUAAUAGUAGAGUCCAUCCUAAAAAGUAUUAUCCCUCUUUUAUCAAGAUACAGUAUACAUGAAAGGAAUGACAAAAUGUUGACUUUUAAUCAGAUAUUUGUUAAUAUUUCCAGAAUAUACUUAGUUCUUUUUCAGGUAGAGCAAACAUUCUAAAGCUGGUAUUAAGUUGUGGAUGAAUACAGAGUUUGUUUGUUGUCUUUUCACCUUUGAUGAAGGGUGCUUUAGAUUUAACUUGUCCUUGACCUUCAUUUUGUGUAUUAAGAAGACUUAAUUAUGUUGAUAUAUAGGGAUAAAGGACCAUAUUGUUCCUUCUUGUAGUCAAAUGCUCUGAAUGUGAAAUAAAUGCAAAUACAAUGCAACCAAG